AUGGCGCUGGCGGAGGCGGGUCGUCCCGACGCUGCGACCGCGCGCGACGUGGUCUUCGGCGUGGUGCUCUCCGGGCGCGACGCGCCGGUCUGCGGCAUCGAAGGCAUGGUUGGGCUGCUGAUUUGCACACUGCCUCUGCGAGUGAAGAUUCAUCGAGAAACCAGCUGCAUAGACUUGGCCAUGUCCAUCCAGAACUCUUUGCGAGAACUGGCUGAGCACCAGUUCUGCAACAUGGCUGAAAUCCGCGACUGGUCGGGGUUCAGCGGACCCGUGCAGGAGCUCUUUGAAACCAUGCUGGUCUUCGAGAAUUAUCCCAGUGAAGGAGGCUUGACGCAGGAGAACACGACGCAGGCAGAGUGUGAGGUCUUCCAGCAUGAGUCCAUGCCCAUCACGGGUGCGGAGCUACCAUUGGUGGCGGUGAUCGUUCCGGAAGGUGUUGCCAAGGCUUCCAAGGGCAUGCAGCUCACGCUUCGCUUCGACGCCUCCAAGCAUUGCUCCUCCAUGGUCAGGUCACUGGCCCAGAAUCUGGAACUCCUCCUGGCCGCACAACAACGCUGGCCCAAGUGUUGUUGCGUCGAGCUCUUGGCGGCCUUGCCGAUCCUGCGGUGCUUUGAAGGACUGAGAGAUGCAAUUGAGAGUGUGCCGUGGGCACGAGCCUUGACGCUUGGUGAGGCGAUGGACGCGCCGCUUCCCUUGGUGGUACCGCGGGCGCGGAGCUCACGCUUCCAGGUCAAGCUCUCGGAUUUCGUGCCCCAAGAUGUAGGCGAUGUCUUCGAAGCUGCCAAGAAUCUGGGCCAAAGCUUCAGUCGCCUAGCACAGGCGGAAGCAGUGACGGUGGUGGUGCAGUCAUCGCUCCUGGCUGAAGCUUUGGGUCUUUCAGGGCCUCUCCCUUUGCGAGUGGAUCGUGACGGAAAGGAGAGCAUCCAGCCAAGUGCUGAUGUGGUGAAGGCCAGUGGAAGAGGAAACUGCCUCUUGGAAGCCUUGAAGGUUUGGCGGAGAAAGUUGGAUUUGAUGCCUAGCAGAUCAGGCCAUGGGUGCAGACCUUUGAUCUUCCUGGGAGAGCGUGGUAAGUGGCUGGAAGAUGUAGAGGUCUUCAUCGGCUAUGUGUGGUCCUCCAGUGAGGUGUGGCUCUACGGUGAAGACGAGAACUUUGGGGCGCUUCUGCUCAGCUGCUUGCAAGGUGAGACAUUUCCGCCUCCAAGUGUGAAGCAGCUUUUGAUUGAAGAGUUCAACGCGACCUCAAAGCCAUGGACAAACCAAGGACGUUUGCUCCACGAACUCUUCUAUCAACGUGCAGCAGCCUGCAAAGCGCAUCCCGCGCUGGUGUGUUACGACGACGAGGGCGAGGAAUACCAUCGAAUGAGCUACCAGGACUUGGCCGAGCAAAGUCAUCAGAUGGCCCGUGGCCUCCGACGGUGCGGAACCCGCGCCGCGGAACGCGCCGCUCCGGGUUCCGCCGGCGUUCCGGGCGCAGCGUGCGCCGUGUGGAUGCCAAAGAGUCGAUGGGUGGUGAUCACCGCAUUGGCCAUUUUGGAGACCGGCGGCAUUUAUGUUCCCUGUGAUGAGCGGCUGCCUUGGGGGCGCGUGGCCAACAUGGUCUCCUUGGCGGCGGUGAAGGUGUUGGUGGCAGGAGAACACCAACUCCGAGGCAUACCUGAUGGUUUGAACGAAGAGUUGUUGAUCACGACUGCUGAAGAGCUUUUCGAGGACCAGGACGGCUUGGCAGAUGGGGAUGAUUGGUGCCAUCCAAGGGCAUCCGAGGACAGCACAGCCUAUGUGAUUUUCACCUCAGGUUCCACAGGCCAACCGAAAGGUGUGGCAGUGACGCACCGAUCCAUUGUGCAUCUCGUGGACUGGGUGAAUUCCACCUAUCAGAUCACCUCAGAAGACUCGUUGCUCUUUGUCACUUCCAUCGGCUUUGACCUCUCCUGCUAUGACAUGUUUGGAUCGUUGGCCGCUGGCAGCACCAUCCACAUGGCACGAAACCAUCUGCCAGAGAAGUUGUUGAAGAUUCUCACCGAGCAGAAGAUCACCUUCUGGAACUCAGCACCUCAAGUCUUCUCCGCGCUGGGCGACCUUGAUGGAGGGACUUGGAGGAAGAACCCGAAGCACACUCCUCCGAGGUCGCCGGAGGUUGCGGUGUCGUCCAAGUGCCUUCCAGCUGCCUCUGAUGCUGGGAGCGAUGGAUCUCGAGUCGCGAGGCAGAUGCCUUCUCACGCUUCCGGCUUAGAUGAAGCGCUGAAGGGGCUGCGGUUGAUCUUCCUCAGCGGGGAUUGGAUUCCCCUCGCGCUGGCACGCAAGAUCUUGGCUGGUGCGAGAUCGGGCGCUGUGCAGCCCGAUGUGAAGCUGGUGGCUCUGGGCGGUGCUACGGAGGUCACAGUUUGGUCGAACUAUUUCGAAGUGGAGGAGGUGGACUCGGCUUGGCGUUCGAUUCCAUAUGGCCGGCCCAUUUGGAAUCAUCAGUACUAUUGCCUAAGUGACGCUAGUGACGUGAUGACCGUGCACUUGGGGAUGACCGGGCAGUUGUACAUCGGUGGGGUGGGAGUGGCCGAAGGCUACGUGGGACGACCCGACCUCACGGCGGAACGUUUCCGGACGAAUCCCUUUCGCCAUGGGCGCCCUCUGGGCCGCAACGACCGGCUCUACCACACGGGCGACGUGGUACGUUUCAUGCCACUGAAGCCCUGGGGCGUCUCGCGCAUCUCCUCCGGGCGUCUCGCGCUGAGAGCCGAUGAAGUGGUUUUGGAGUUCCUCGGACGUUGUGAUUCCCAGGUGAAGAUCCGUGGCUUUCGUGUGGAGGUGACCGAGGUGGAAGAGGUGAUCCGACAGCUGGGGGCCGAGGCCGCGGUCCUCGCAUUGCCGGGCGUGGACAGUGAUCUUGAGCUGGUGGGCUUCCUUGUGGGGACGGAAGCGGAUCUGAAGCGAGUCAAGGAAGGCUUGGGGGAUUUGUUGCCUUCCUACAUGAUCCCUGAGCUUGCAUGCUUAGACGAGCUGCCCUUGAGUGCCAAUGGCAAGUUGGACCGUUCUCAGCUGCAACGCCAGAGGCGCACGUGCCGCGCGCAGCGCGCCGCCGCAGGGGAGGCCGCGCGCAGCGUGCAGCCUCCGGCAGCGGAAGACACGGAGAUCGUUCUCCGGGUGGCGACAGCAUUUCAGGAGAUCUUGGGUCUGGAUGCCAUGCCGUCCAUGGAUGUGAACUUCUUCGAAUUGGGUGGGCACUCGUUGUCUGCGAUGCAAUUGCAGAGGGUGCUGGAAACCGGAAGCGAACGCGGACGUGGCAGCCGAAGACUGUCGCUGCGGGAGGUCUUUCAGCAUCCGACGGUGGCCGGCUUGGCCAAACUCUUAGCCGAGGAGAAUCACACCGAUUCCCAUCACUCGCCGCGGGAGAAGCCGCCGCUUUUGAGUGGCCACAGCCGUGAAAAUGAUGGCGGUGGUCUUCCAGCAUCCUUUGCACAGGAAAGACUCUGGCUGGAACAGCACCUUCUUCCAGGUCCCAGCUACAACGUGCCCUUUGCCUGGCGCGUGACCGGUGUAAGCCACUUGCACCUGGCAGCAGCCAUCGUGAAGUUGCUACGGCGACAUGAGAUCUUGAGGACGGUGCUACUAGGUGGAGUCUCUCAAGACGGCAAGCUGGAGCUGUCGCAAGAGAUUCUGCCGUUGGAUGUGGAGAUUCCACUGGACAUGCUAGCAGCACGCAACUUCCUGUGUCCCUGGUUCUCGGUGGAGCGGGCCGACUCCAGCGCUGCGGCCGAGUUGAUGCGAGAGGACGCGGUGAAAGGCUUUGAACUGGAUCGUGGAGUGAUGAGGGCACGUCUAUUUGCCGUGGGCGAGGAGGAGUUCUUGCUGUACUUCAACAUUCACCACGUCGCCUUUGAUGCUGCAUCACAGGUGAUUCUUGAGAAGGAGCUUUGUAUGGACCUCCUGGGAAAGCAAAUGCCGGAAGAAGGAUCUAGGGCGCGUUAUGUGGAUUACGCACAGUGGCAUCGCAGAUGGUUGGAGGAGGGCGAAGCUGAACGCUGCUUGAGAUAUUGGAGGAAGAAGCUGGUCGGCGCACCACUGCAUCGUCCCUGGCCCCAACUUGUGACCGACAGCGGCAGCUCUGGUGCCACAGUCAUCUCAACGUGGCCUGCACCUGUGAGUGGUGCAUUGAGGGCCCUGGCACGAAGACAUGGAAGCUCCGAGAUGGUGCUGAUGCUAUCCUUGUUUGGACUUUUGCUGAGCAUCCACCUUGGCGAGGACCUGCUGGUGGGCAUUCCGGAAGCUGGUCGUAGUGGAGAUCCUCAACUGGACGACAUCAUCGGCUUCUUCGUGAACACGUUGCCGAUCCGUCUCAGCUGUCCAACGCAGGCGACCUUCAAGGACUUGCUGGAGAGGACGCAGGCGACUUUGCUGGAGGCGAUCGAACACUCGGCGCUGCCCUUUCAAGCGGUAGCCGACCUGAGACAGGAGAAGGGCCACCAGGGUGGUCUGCAAGCGUUCUUCCAACAUACCCAUGACGUCACCGUGGCGUCGGAGUUGUUGGAGCCAUUUGACUUUGGAACAUGGCCAGCCUUGGCCAAGUUCGAGGUGAGCCUGCACACGAUCUUGGAUGACCAGGGUGGUCGCCUCCGAUGGGAGUUCAUGCCAGAGGUUGUACCCCACAGUUUCGUGAAGCUAUUGGAUCGGCACUUGGCUGCCAUGGCCGAGCGACUGGCCUCGAACACACCUGGUGCUUUGUGUAUGCCUUUGUGGCGCUUGCGGGAACCUCCUUGGGAUCUGCGGCACGCCGUGCUGCAUGAUUGGACAGCCAGCGUUUCGCCUCCCUUGCCGGAAUGUCGACUGGAAGAUCUUUUGGAGCAACAAGCCAAACGUACACCCCAGCAAACAGCGGUGCUUUGCGUGGAAGCAUCUCAACGCCUCUCAUACCGGGAGUUGCUGGAAGAAUCUCAAGAGUUGGCUGAGAUUUUAAUCAAGAUCUACGACGCGAGUGGCUCCAGCUGUGCGCCGACGGGCUCGUGUUCUUUUCCCGCAGCUCCCGUGCUCGACGUCUUUCGUGUGGGGCUGCUAACGGAACGAGGCUUGGACCUUCCAGUGAUGGUCUUCGCUGUGCUGACGGCUGGGGGCGCGUUCGUACCCUUGUCGCCGGACUUCCCAGCAGAGCGGCUGAAGUGGAUCAGUCAAGACGCUCAGGUGGCUGUGCUCUUGGCCACGCCCAGCACCGCGGAGCCGGCGGCCCUCUUGGCCUCCGCCUUUCACCCGGUCCUUCCGCUUCACGUGGUCUCCGCCAGAAGCCGGUCGACCGGGCGCCUGCGCCGCCCUACUCGGCGGCGGCGUACGCGCGCGCGGAGUUCGGCGUAUGUGCUGUUCACCUCUGGAUCCACGGGAAGGCCUAAGGGAGUGGUCGUGUCGCAGCAGGCGUUGGUGUCACAUUUGAUGCCAUACCUGCGGGUCUUGAAGCUCACGGCUGGUGACAAAGUGCUUCUGACCAGUUCGUUCACCUUUGAUAUGGCCUAUUCACAACUCUUUGGAGCCUUGCUCAGUGGAGCGCAGUUGAUCAUCACCUCUGAGAACCCCAUGAUCGACCCGGAGCAUCUUCGCCAAAUCCUCUACGAGCAACAGAUCAGCUUUACCACUCUAGUGCCAUCGGUGCUAUCUUUCAUGAAUGAGUGUGAGAUGCCCUUUCCUUUACCAUUGAGACAUUUAGGCUGUGGAGGAGAAGCACUUGCUUCCAAAGCCUUGCUGGACUUCUUCCAGUCUGCACGGAAUCAGUCGAAGUCCGAGAACCCAGUGGACGUUCAGGUGCACAAUCGCUAUGGUCCCACUGAAUGUGCCAUCAACGCCCUCCUCUUGGGACCCUUCAGCCUUAAGAGUCACGGAACCAGGUGUUCCAAGGUCGAAGCCGUUCCCAUUGGCUGGCCCAGUGGUUCUCGACAGAUCUGGAUCCAAGGGUUUGGCUUAGAAAAGGGAGAACUCGUUCUGGCUGGUGCUGGCUUGGCUUUGGGUUAUACCUCGACCUCGCCGCUCCGGCGCGGGCCCUUCGCUGAGAACCUCCGCGGCGCGGGGCGCUGCUACGGCAGCGGCGACAUGGCGGCUCGAGCGCUGGACGAGCUCGGGACGCUGGGCUGUGUGAGCUUUUGCGGGCGGAGCGAUGCUCAGGUCAAGCUCCACGGUCAACGCAUUGAGCUGGGCGAAAUCGAACAGGCGAUCUUGGAAUGCCCGGAGGUGGAGUCCUGUCGCGUGAUUUUGGUCGCGGAGAGACUGGUGGCCUUUGUUUCCGGAAAAUGCGAGCAGAGCGAGCAGACGUGCCAGCAGGCUCUCUUGCACUGUGCAAAGCUGCUGCCAAGGGCCAUGAUCCCCAGCUUCCACUGGAUCGCUGGGUGGCCCCGAAGCAGCUCCGGAAAGAUCGACCUCCAAGCCCUGGCGAGCCGCGCCGUCGCUCACCCCGCCGUGGUGAGCGACGGCGAGGUGGUUCCGGGAGUGGUGCUGCCCCGCAUGAGCGAGUGGAGCGGACUGGAAGGACAAGUGCAGGUUUUGAUGAAGACCUUGGCAGAGCUGGGCCUGGGAGACACCUCACCCAGCUCACGGGUGUCUUCCUUGGGCCUCAACUCAUUGCUGGCGCUUCGUGUGAGCAGAAACUGUGCUCAGCAGGGCGUCAAGAUCUCGCUUCAACGACUGCUGGGCGAUGGCACAGUGGAAGAUGCCAUCGAGCCAGGUGACGGUCUGGAUCCGAUCGAAGAGGGCUUGGAGCUCUUGUUGGGAAGGACUGCCCUGGAGUUCCGGCUGUUGGGAUCGGAUCUCCAUGGCGAGCAACCUUGGGAGCUCCUCCUUUGCCCGGGCGAUGGUGGCGUCGGUUUGGAAGGCUAUCGGCCAUUGGCUUUGGCCCUGAACCAUGUCUGCCGGACUCGUGUGGUGGAUGGCCUUCUGAGUGUGGAAGCUGGAAGUCUCAAGACCCUGGCCAAGGAGCUUUGGAACUGCGCCGGUGAGCGAUCUGGCAGUCGGAUCUUGCUGGGCCACUCCUGGGGCUGCGCUUUGGCGUGUGAGAUGGCAGAGCUGGAGCCUGUGGAGGCACUUUGGCUUCUGGAUCCCUCCCAUCAGCACUUUGCUCACACGCAACCGCAAGCAGCGCAAGCGCGGUCGAGCCAACCGCGGGGGCACGAGACGAUGGAGAUGAUGGAGUCCUUGCUGCGUUUGACCGGAAGUGCUCCAGACCUGCAGGCAUUGCUUCCAGCUGUCCGGGCUGGAGAUGUGGAUGUUUUGGAAAAGGUCCUAGGCCCGCGAAACGCCCAGCGCCUUGGUCGAGUGGCCGAGUCCCGGUCUCGCAAUUUGACGCUCCCUGCGGUCCUGCACGGCACGUCCCUCGCAAGAUCCAUCCAUGUGGUGCUGGCGUCGGACUGUCCAUCGAUGUCGCGCCAGGAGCGUUGCCUGGAUGUGGAGAAGAUGAUGUCUGGGACUUCAACCACCUGGUCGAUGUCCUGGACCACUGGCAAUCACUUCUCCAUGCUAGAGCCCAGCAAUUGUUGGGAACUCGCUUCUCAACUUCUACGUUCACUGGACGACACCGAACUCACCGACUGA